AUGAUAACUUGUUUGAGUUUGCUUGCUGGCUUCGCACAAAUCACUAUCAAGAAUAUUCUGAGAAGAUUUUUAAUCGUCUUACUUGAACAGGAAUUGGAGGAUAAAGAAGUCACAGAUGAGGUUCAUUUGCUUGCUUUGCAACUGUCAAAAUUAAAGUUUAACUUUUCAGCAUUUGGAUGCUUUGAUAUUGGCUUUAAUGUCAUGAAAGAGUUCUUGAAGUUUCUGUAUUUACUGAAUUUGAAUGAAGAUACUCUUGAAACAAAAAUUCGUCUAAAUGGAAACAAUUUUAGAUGGGUUUGUCAGGAGUUUCAGCAUUGGAAUUUACCGCUGUUUCGCUGCAGGCUUUUCCGCUUGCUUGCUUUCAGAUUUUGUAACAGUGGGAUUUUAAGUAUGUGUUUUGACAGUCUUUGGAUUGCAAAUGUUUCGUCCCAUUAUCAUUUAUUUUUGUCAGGAUUGUUAAGAUUGCAUUUAAGACAGUUUCACGUGGUUUUGAUGGAGUUUCUUGGUCUAUCUAAUAUCAACAUAAAUUACCUACCACAUUUAUUUGUUGAAAAGGAUAUUUGA